GCAGCGCCCCUGGUGCUGCUGCACUACGGUUUCUCCAUCAGCGGCACUUCCCACAACAAGUGGCUCAUGAAGAGCUUUCCUUCCCUGCGACUUGAGACGCUGCUGCACCUCCUCUUCAUCUUCGGUCUGGCGGUCGCCCGCGCGCUGGCGCUCUGCCGCUCGGGCCGGCCGCGGGCCGCGCUCUCCCGGGCCGACUGCCUCAGCCGGGCGGCCCCCUCAGCUGUCUCUAUUUCCUUGGAUGUUGGGCUGAGUAACUGGAGCUCCCUGUACAUCACUAUCUCCCUCUACACGAUGAGCAAAUCCUCUGCCACUUUCUUCAUCCUGUUUUUUUCACUGCUCUUCAAGCUGGAGAAAGUGAGGGUAGCAUUGCUGCUGGUGAUUCUGCUUAUCGCUGGUGGUAUGUUCACCUACAAGUCCACACAGUUCAACGCACAGGGGUUUGUGCUGGUGCUGUGUGCCUCUUUCAUUGGGGGUAUUUGCUGGACUGUCAUGCAGAUACUUACGCAAAAAGCUGAGUUAGGGCUCCAGAACCCCAUUGAUACCAUGUUUCACCUGCAACCCUUCAUGUUCCUGGGGCUCUUCCCACUCUUUGUGGUGUCUGAGGGCCUGCCUUUGUCCAUAUCAGAGAAGCUCUUCCAUUUCCAUGAAGCAGGAAUGCUGUUUUGUCUGGUAGGGAAGCUGUUCUUGGGUGGAAUUCUUGCCUGUGGUCUAGGCUUUUCUGAGUUCCUCUUGGUUUCCAGAACAUCUAGUCUCACCCUUUCCAUUGCUGGUGUUUUUAAGGAAAUCUGCAUUUUGUUCCUCGCCACACGUUUGCUGGGGGGCUGCCUCAGUCUCUUGAACUGGCUGGGCUUUGCUGUCUGUCUGUCAGAUCUCCAUGUCAUUCUCAAAGCCCUGAAUUCCAAAGGUGAAGAAUCACUGAAGCUACACAAAGAGGCCAGCUCUGACCCUGACCUGGAGCUGCUGCUGCGCCCCACUGAACAUGGCGAGGAGGAGGAAGAGGAUCUUGAAACCCCACAGCAACACUGACUGAACAUGAAGCACAAAGCCGCGUGCUCUGUUCUUACCAAACCUGAUUGACAGCGGUCUAGGAGGAAGGUACAAGAGUCUCUGCCUGUGACCACCCAAAAGAGCCAGGGCCUGAUAAGAUUGUCCUGCUGCUCUGCUACAAUGUGGAUCUGUAGACGCUGCACCAGAAACAGGCAAAAUCCCUUUCACAGAGAAUGAACUUGGAAGAUGAGUCCUGGUUCAGUGGAAGUAGAACAGUGCAGUGAGACUGGGAAAAAGCUAUAGGAAGCUUAUCGGGGAAUCCCUGAUGGCUGUAUAUUGAGAGCAUAGAUUAUGAGCUGUAGAACGAGCGUGGACAUGUCUGGACUGCAGGCUGAGUGGUUCAGGAUGAUUUGAGUGUUGCUUGAGCUUUGGCUUCAAAAGAGAAGGUAGAUAGACCAUCCCAUACUUUCUUUACGGUUCUGCUAAGCAGAACCUUCCAUCUUGGUGGGAGCAGAUCACUACAUAUAAAUCUGUAGACUUAUCCUAGUGAGAAGGAGCCUUUGUGCCUGGUGACCUCCAUGUUUUGUAUGCACAGUAUGGAGAGAAUUAAAUGCUGGUAUUUGGGACCA